ACAUAACUUGAAAAUGGCCACAAACACUUCAGCAACUGAUAUAUUCCUAUUUUAACUGGGCAAAUGUUACCGUUUGUUUCAUAUUAUGAGUGAAAUUUCUAAGCCGUGCAAUAGUGUCUCCUUUCCUGUUGAUGGAAGUAUGCUUCACCCUUGUGUACUGCAAGACUUUGAAGUGAAGUGGCACUUACAUCGCUGUGUGUGUAGAAACUGUGUCCGCUGCCAUGGUUUGACGAUCCCAUUUAGGAUUUCCACGAAUUUUUGAUACAAUGUCAAAGCAGCAGACGAGACGUAAAAUUUCUCUAGACUCGCCCUUAAAGCAAGUGCAUAGCAAUCCGAUCAAAGACUCUCCACGUCGUCCAAGUGUCUUCGAGAGGUUAGGAACUAAAGCCAUCUCUUCGAAUCCCAGCCAAUGCCCAGCAAAUGUGAAGCCAACGGAUAGCUUCUGCAGGCAAUGGGAACAGAAUGGAACGUGCCAAUAUGGAAAAAACUGCAAGUAUGUCAGCACUCACGCAUUGAUCAGUCCCUCAAAACGAGCCGCUAUUAAGGAUGCCAGCUCAAAGAUCAACAAUAAGAGUUGUAGUAGUUCAUCUACCUCUGGUAGUUCAAGCACUGGCAGCGAUUCUACAUCAAGUGAAGAAACCAGCAGCACUGGAAGUUCUGAAUCUGUGGAAUCAAGCAGGCACCACCGUCACAAGGCAAAGCAUUUAAGUACAAGAAAAGUGAAGAGGUACUCCAGCUCUUCUGAUAAAGAGCACAUCAAAAGAAAUAACAUAAGAACUGGAAAAGGGAUCAGUCCAAGCAAGAAGAGUGCACACUGCUCAUCAGUAGCUAAUGUAAGCAAUCUACAUAGAGAGAUGAAGCACUCAAAGAAAAGGCGGUCACGUGACCGAUCUGAUGGCCAUAGCUCUCCAAGAAAAGGUGGUCCAGGUACAACAUCAGGCUCCAAAAAAUCCUUAAGCCCGCCAGUAUUUAGUAGUAAUGCCAAUAUUCAUAAAAGAAGAUCUCAGUCACCUCUUUUGAAAGGUGGUAAACAGACUGUGUCAACUUCUAAACUUGGCCUUGGUGGGCGCAAUGCUGUAAGUCAACAUAAUGCUAGAUCUCCACCGGGAGGCCUUAAAGAUAAGCACAACAGAAGUGUAUCACCCCGUUCCAGAGAGAGAGAGAGAAACCGUGAGAAAGAGGAAAAGGAAAGAGAAAGAGAUGCUGACAGAGAAAGAGAGAGGGAGAAGGAAAGGGAGAAGGAUAGAGAAAAAGACAGAGACCGGGACAAGAGACAGAGAGAAAAAGAAAGGGAACCAGAAAAGCUGCGGGAACGAGAGAAAGAAAGAGACAAAGACAGGAACAGAAGCAGAUCCCCCAAACUAAAAUUAAAAGAUGGUACUUCUCGUUCUCCACGCAAAGAAAUUAAGCGAAAGGAAUCCCCAGACCACCAUAGCAAGUCUAAUCGACUGUCUGGUGGCAGUCAGAAAGGUAGAGACGACAACCUAAGUUCGAAGCAUAAGGUGUCCCCCAGUGAUAAUUGGCAUAGAGAAAAUAGGAAAGAUGACAAAGAAGAAGAACGGAAGAGAGUAGACGAUAGACGUCACAAAGAAGAUCUACGCAAAGAUGUUCGCCCUCUUGAAGAUAAAGAUCACAUGCGUGAUCGUGAAAGAGAAAGGAUGCAUGACAGAGAAAGAGAGAAAGACAAAUCCAAGACACAACAAGGGAUUCCUUCUCUACUCACCCUCAAUUUGCAGCACAAUCCAAAUGACUUUUCUCCUCAUGUUGGUGGUGGAGUUAAAGAACGUGGAGCAGAGAGAAACAGAAGUUUAGAAAGGACUGGUCACAUAAGAAAUCUUAGUAUUGACCGAGGCAGGGAGCGUAGUUUAGAUCGAAUGUCUGAAAGAAGUCGCGGAAGUGAGCGUGACCGGAGAUGCCGUAAUAACAAUGGGGGUCUUGAAAAGGGAUUAGAUCAUAGUGGCCUAGAGAAGGAGCUUGCUAAAGCACUUGCUCGAAAUCGUGAGCAGGAACGGACAUUUGAAAGAAAUGAAAGACUUCAAGAGAGAGUUUUAGAUAGAGGACUAGACAGAAAUCCAGAGAGAGGUCUGGAAAGAAGCCUUGAUAGAGGCUUGGAUCGUGGGCUGGAACGAGGCCUUGAGAGGGGCCUUGACAGAGGUCUUGAAAGAGGCCUUGACAGAGGUCAUGAAAGUCGUCUGGACAGGAGUCAUGAGAGAGGAAUUGACAGAUGCCUUGACCGGGGUCUAAAAGGUGAUAGAGGUCUAGAUCGUGGUUCUCCUAGAGUUAUGGACCGUGAAAACGAGAGGAGCCUAGAAAGAGGUUUAGACCGUGACCCAGUGCAUGGACGGCUUGAACGAGGCGUAGAGCGAAGCCUUGAGAGGCCAGCAUUAGAAAGAGGUUCUCCUCGUCUCGAUCGCGACCAUAGGUUCAGUGAGAGGUCACCUGGCGAUCGUUUGUUUGGGGCAGGACACAUGGAUCACAAUAGAGAGCAAGAUGAAAAAAGCUUUGACAACUCUUUUGAAGGCAGACGAGAAAGGGGAAGAUUUUCAGACCAAGCACGGUAUGAUAAGGGUGCACCAUCCAAUGAUGAUCGUCGUUUGGGACCUCCUGACAUGGCUGUAUUCAGUGAAGAAAGAAGACGGGGAAGAGAUGGUGGACGGCAAGAGGUCAGAGGUGGACAGUGGGAAGCACGUAAUGACCGAAAGCGUGAUCACAACCAUGAACGAGAUCAUGGUAGAGAAAGAGAUCAUGGUCCCCGCGGUUAUGAUGGAGGCCCUAGGCCCUCAGGACCUAACAAUCCAGGAAAGCGCAAUGAUUGGGAGUGGGAAGGCCGUGGCAGGCGAUCUGGUAAGGAUUGGGAUGGACCUCACAGAAAUGAUAAUGCUCCACUUGAUAAGGAGUGGAAUCGGUUUCCACCUAACCAGGGUGAUUGGUCUGGAGACAGACGAUCUGGUGGAUGGAAUGAUGAAUGGCGUCAGCCUGCAAAUCAAGCCACCAAUCCUGUUGUUCAGCCAUUGCUCAAUCGUCCUCCUGGGCGCAUGCUUCCUUUGAGAGAUGACUCUCAAAACAGCACUGCUCUUAAACCUGAAGAACACAUUCUUGAUGAGAAUUCCAAAGCAAAAGAUCAGAGUGGGCCAGCACAUGAAGCCAAAAAUGAAGUCAAAAUUGAUGGUGCGGGUGAGAAUGCUACAGUGUGUGAAAACUCUAACAAUCUUCCUUCAAAUCAUAAGAGAGUUCGUGAAGUUGCUGAUGGUGAAGAAACAUCAGCAGAAAAUAAAAGACUGCUGUUAGAAAAAGAUUCUGCUCUUGAAGAAGUUCUUAGUGAUAUUAGUGAUGAUGCUGAUGAAAUUUUGAACAGGGAGGAUAGUGAAUUAAACCACACUAAUCAUGGAGAAACGAUUGGUGUUUUAGAAAAGGAAACUCCGCAAGGAAAUAUACAGUCUUCAUUGCCUCCCCAGUCAGGCCCUCAUGGGCAUGGAAGUGGAAGCCAUAGAAGAACCGUUGAUGGUGCAGAAGGUGUUGGAAAUCUUGGUUUUGAAGAAAUAUCUGAUGGUGAGCUUGAGGAGGAAGCUAGAGCAAGAGGAAUUAGUGAUGCACUUGGUGUUGACUGGGCAAGCUUAGUUGCUGAAACGCGACCAAGAGCCAAAAUUGAUAAAGCUGGAAGCACUCGCCAGCGUUGGGAAGGAGUCAGAUUAUUGACAUAUAUUGGGGUGUCUGUAGAAUAUGCUGGUCCGAAAUUGGUUAAAUACCUAUUGAAAUCUGCAUUUAAUCCACCAUCAGACCCCAGCAUCAUGUCCACAGAAUCUACAUUAAUCAAAACUAUAAAUUUAGAAACAAGUAGAGACUCUAAUAAACACUCAAAGGAAAAUGAACCCUCUGGCAGUGAAAAUCCAAGUUGUCAAGUUACAGGAAAGAGUAUGGAGACUUCAGAGCCUACAAAAAAAAGUGACGAUGAUGUUAAUGAAAGUAGGAAUAAAAGUGAGAUUUAUGAUAGGCAAAUUGAUACCAAUGAUACAAUCAAGAUAGAAAGCAGCACUAUAUUGGAAAGUGGAUUCAAGUCUGGAACAGAAUCAAUUUCAUUGCAAGCUAGAAAAUCAGAUCCUUCAGCUGAAUCCAAAGGCAAAACAGCAGAUAAUGUGAAAGAGGGAAAAGUUGAAGAUUCCAAAGUUAUUAACAAUGUUAAGCAAGAAAAUAGUGUUGGUGAAAGGACAGGGGAAACGGACCAGAUUCUAGGCAAUCUAUUCUGUGAGAAACUUUUACAUCCAGUUGCUGGAAUUCAUACUGCACUCCUUGAGCGAAGAGCUCGUCGGCAGGCUCUUUUCAAUUGUUCUGGGCCUUACAAGCGGGCACUUUCUGCUCGUAGAGAUUUAUCUAUAAGGCGCCAGCUUUGCAGCUUACCAAUGAGGGAAACAACUUGUGAUAAUGGUCCAGCUGUUGAUGAACUGUAUCGUCUUAGUUUGCAAAUGCUGGAGCGGGCCUCCUAAUCACAAUUAUUUAUUUUCAUUGAAAUGUUAACCCUUAUUAAUGGAGAACCCUUGUCAGUAUCAUCUGAAGUCUGACAUUCAAUUUUAUGUGAUUAAUAUGUUUGUUAAUACAGCUUAGCUGUGAUUUCAUUUUUCUAUCUUGUUUGGUAUUGUCAUUUGAAUAUAAUGUUUGUUCUAAAGGUUGUCUUACAUUCAUUUUGCAUCUAGCACAACUAUUUUCUCUUCUGGUCUAUUUGUGUUUGCAAUAUACCUUUACUUUAUUUAUUUCUUAUCACAUUCAGAUCAAUCCAUUCAUUGUCUGCGUUUUUUCUUUCUAUCUUUCUUUUUUUUUCUUUUCUUUUAAUAUGCUAGUUGAUUUUUUACAUCGAAGUCUGUAUGUUAAACCUUGCUAGAUUUAAGACCUAUGUGUAGUUCAGCCCCCUCUCUCCCUCUUUUGGGGAUUUUUUUUUUGUGUAUAUUCCAAAUACAUAAACUGCAAUUGAUAUUGUCAGGCUGGUUCCAUAAUUAAAACUGAUCUGUUGUUUCUUUUUUUGGUCAGAUUUCUAUUUACAUAUCUAUCUUUUGAUUCUCCUGUCACUGAUACUGCUUGUUAAGCCUAGUCAUUAAUCAAACUCCACACACAUUAGCAGUGGAAACCAGUGCACAUUGUAUUUGUUUUUAAUUACUACAAAAGCAACUUGGACUUGUUCUGGAGGGGUUCCCUUUUCAUCAGUCUUGCUUUAAUUGACACAUAUGGAGUUUCUAUUUUGUCAAUGUGAUGCAACAGCCUUUUGGUUUCAUGCUUAUUGGGACUAUUAUAUUUUCAUAUUUGUUAUGCAUUUUGAAAGACUAGAUAGAUACAUAAUUUUGAGCUUUGACUAUGCUAAGAGAUUGUUCUACAUUAAAGAUGCUCAAAGGGUACUUAGGAAGUAUGACAGAACAUUGCAAUUGGUAAGAAAUCAGAAGGGCCUUAUUUUAUUUUUACAAUGAAUUUUUCUUUUGUUUUACUGCUUUACACUAGAAUCAAGAUGUCUUCAUAUUUUAAUAUCCAUCCUGCUGAAUACUAUUCAUUCAUUGCUAGCUCACUGACUUGCAUGAUUGUAUGAUGAGCCAUGGUCACAAAUUAAAUUACCUGUAUAGGUGUAGUUUUGUUUUGCAAUGUUAUCCUUCAAAAUCCUCUUCUUUUGUUUCACUGACUUGUAUGAACAAACAUUUUCUGUCUAUGUAAUUAAUUGGAUCACAUUCUGUGAUCUGGUCAGGUAAUGUUAAAUAAUCAUUUGUUUGUGUAUAUAUUAUUGUACAUAUGUAAAGUCUAUCCCAACUGCCACUUAAUGGGACUAUCUUAUUUACCAAUUUGUAAGUUAUGUGUUGUCUGUCAAAUAUAAAUUUAUUUUGUUUGUAAAA